AGGCACGAUUUCGGCAGAGUCACGAAGCUACAGACAGCCCGGACGACCACCCGUCUAACCACCACAUACCGCAGGCAAACAGAAAGGUAGAAGUGCCAGGGAAAGGAGCAGGUGGUAGCAGGACAUUAUGGCAGCAACAAGAACAACAGCUGCGUCGUCAGUUUUAUCGUCAUCAUCAUCAUCAGCAUCAGCAUCAGCAGCCAAAGUAGAAGCAGAAGCGACAUCAUCAUCUUUACAGUUGGGUGAGACCAAGGCAGGCCCAAAGCCGCUGAUACAAGAGCCAGCAGUGAUGACAGUCGACGAUUCGGCGGCGCUAGAUGCCAUGGCAAGGGACUUUGACGAGUUUGGUUCCGACUCGGACUCGGACGAUGGGAUCGAGGUCGGUUCUGAGGCGCGACCGGACGGCGAGUGCGGCAUGGCGCGGCCGCCGACGGCGCUGCUCUCAGACGACAGCGAGGACGUGGCCGGGGUGGUGACUCAGGUACGGGCUGCGAUGCUGGUGGGCCAGGGCGAGGCCAUUGUGGAGGUGGGGGUGGACGCCGAUGGCGCGGCCGAAGGCCUGACCAUGGAGCAGCUGGAGGACGCGCUGGAGGUUCUCGAGGAGCGGGCUGCGACGGAACUGGAGGCGCAGAUGACGCGGCUGCGUGUGCGUGAAGUCGAGGGUGGGGCUGUGGCGGAGGUGCUUGUGCGCGCGCUGCCGAGCGCGGCCGAGUUUUGCGAGAUCCGGGUGGCGGUGGUGGGCAACGUCGACUCUGGCAAGUCGACGCUGCUCGGGGUCCUCACACGGGGCAAGCUCGACGACGGGCGCGGUGCGGCGCGGUCGUGCGUGUUCCGGCACUCGCACGAGAUCGAGUCUGGGCGGACGUCGUCGAUCUCGCAGGAGAUCCUGGGCUACGACGCCGGGGCGGAGAUUGUCAACUACACGUUUGAGCGGACGCCGUCGUGGUCUGCCAUCUGCGUGGCGAGCUCCAAGGUCAUCACGUUCCUGGACCUCGCGGGCCACGAGCGGUACCUCAAGACGACGCUGUUUGGGCUGACCGGGAUGAACCCGUCGUACGCGAUGAUGAUGGUGGGCGCAAACGCGGGCGUGAUCGGGAUGACCAAGGAGCACAUGUCGAUUGCGCUUGCGCUCAAGGUUCCGGUGUACAUGGUGGUGACCAAAAUCGACAUGGCGCCGCCCAACGUGCUGAAGCGGACGCUGCGCCAGCUCUCCAAGCUGGUCAAGUCGCCGGGCGCGCGCAAGGUGCCGAUUGUGGUCAAGACCAUGGACGACGUGGUGGUGGCGGCGCGGUCGUUCCUCAUGCACCGCAUCUGCCCGAUCUUCCUCGUCUCGAACGUGACGGGCGAGAACCUGGACCUGCUGCGGGCGUUCAUCAACCUGCUGCCCGCGCGGACUGAGUGGUCGCAGCUGACCGAGGCGCCGGCCGAGGUGUGCAUCGACGACACGUUCUCGGUGCCGGGCGUCGGGUGCGUUGUCUCGGGCACGGUGCUUUCGGGCGGGGUGACUGCUGGUGACUCGCUACUCCUGGGGCCCAACGCCUUUGGCGCCUUUGAGCCUGUGACGAUCAAGUCGAUCGAGGUGCGGAGGCACCCGACCAAGGCGGUGACGGCCGGGCGGUCGGCCUCGUUUGCGCUGAAGAAGAUCAAGCGGUCGGCUAUCCGCAAGGGCAUGCGCCUGCUCGCGGCCGAGCUCGAGCCGCAGGCCGUGUGGCAGUUUGAGGCCGAGAUUCUCAUCCUUUACCACUCGACCACCAUCUCGCGGGCGUAUGAGGCUGUUGUCCACUGCGGCAACGUCCGACAGGUUGCCAAGAUCAUCGACAUUGUGUCUGCCUGCGACGCGACAGGCGCGCCGCUGGCCGACGCCGACAUGCCGUCGGACGCGCGCGACCUUGUCCUUCGCACAGGCAUGCGCGCCAAGGUCAUCUUCCGCUUCCUCUACGCGCCGGAGUACCUACCGGUUGGCUCGCGGCUCAUCUUCCGCGACGGUCGGACCAAGGGCGUUGGCCGAGUCCUCACCUGCCUCGCUGACCCGGUCGACGUUGGGCCCAUCCGCCCGUCCGACCGUCGCGCCGCAAGCAAGGCCCGCGCCGCCAGCAAGCGCGUCGGCCGCCCCGCCGAUGGCGCUGCUGCCGCCGGCACACAACCGGUCGCCACCGCCGGCAGCUCCUCGCAACGCCGCAAGAAGCGUGGCAAGAAGCAGAAGACUGUGAUCAAGCCGAUCUCAGUGGCAUGAUGACGGCGGCCACCGCGCCAUGAGUGGCGGCCAUGUUGAAAAUGAAGCCGUGACCAAGUUCCGCUACCUCGCGCACGCACACGGUAUAUCUAACUGUACUCGCCUGCAGCUGAGCCCUUACAGAGCGAGAGUCCAAUACACUUCAGCGACAGCGCGAGCAAGUAAAGCAUGUACGCAGA